UGGACUAUUUUUUGGGACGAAUGGAGUAAUACAUAUAGGUAGUUAUUUCUUUCCCUUAAAAAAUUAAUUAAAAUAGAAAUAUAAAUCCACUUACUUUAGUCUUGUAGUGAUAUGUUUUGAUUAAUAAUUUAAUAUGAUCACUAUUUCAAAAAGAAUUAUAAUUAAUCUUAAUUUGUACUAUCUUAUAAUAACGACCGGAAGAAGUGUACGUCUCUAAUAAUUAACCAAGACCAAGUAGAUGUAGCAAUGUAGGUCUAUUAUCUGUGUUGACGGGACCUUGACCAGAAACGAGCGGGAAGAUUUACCGCCAAUUCUGCGAAAAAUAGAUUAGUAUAUAAUGGAAAACAAAAAAUGAAUCGGAGGGCAAAAUAGCAAGGGUUUCAGUUUGCCUUUUCUCUGUGGCCGACUAAACUAAAGAAAGGAUACUGGUUCAAGAAGUGAGCAAUGGAUACGACGAACCCUGCAGUUUUCACGAACGCCGAACUGCUGAGGAUGCACGUCGGUAGGCGGGUUAGGGCUGUGAUACAAGUUGUGCGCAACGACGGCGGUAACGUUAUCGGAAAAUCGACUGAUGACCAACAAAUCGUCGUGAAGAUGAAUCCAACCGGUCCCCUUUCCUCAUUUAUCGAGGUCAUCGGUAUUGCUGAAAGUAAUCAGUCCAUCCAUGCCCAAUCCUGGACUAAUUUUGGUGAUGUUUUUGGUAUGAUUUUGUUUUCCCCAUUUUCUUUUAACUUGUGGUUCACUUUUAGAUUGGCGUUGAUUGUUUCUUUCAAUGGGAGUUAGGGUUUCAGUUUUUAGGGUUGAUAAUGUUAUGAUUGGCGUUGGUUGAUUCUUCUAGUUAAGUUUAUGCAAAAUUUUCAUGCAUCUGUUGGUUGUUUUUGGUUCCUGUGACAUUCUGAGACUUGGUGAUAGAGUUUUUGUAUUUUCACUCUGAAAUUUCAGCAUCAGCAACUUUUAUCUAGAUGUAUUCAUUUGUAUGUUUUAUUAUUGAACUUGGUUAUGCUGAUUGUAUCUGGCUUAUAUUUUUGAAAUGAUCCUUUGCAAGUUUUGAUUGUUUAUACCAAAAAUUGAUCAUGAUUUGAUUAUCACUCUAUGUUAGAGGGUUCAUGGUGAGUCUGACCAAUCAAGGAAAGAAGUUAGUUCAUAGUUUUCUCUCCCCCUUUUCCCCCUCUUACCCCAGAGUAAUUGAAAUAUGAUUAACAAAUUUAGGAUUCUUUUAUCAUCUAUCUAUUGUUUAUGGUUUGUCGUCUUUACCUGUUUGUCUGCAUAGUGGCCAUCUGGAGUUAGGAUUGAUUCAGAAGUUGGGUGGUAUAUGGAGUUUCUGCUAACAGUAUGAGGGAAAUUUGGAUCUAUGCCCAUUUCGCAAGAAUGUUUAUAGUUUAGUUGAGGAUACGAGUUAGUUUACUUGUUAGUGGACUGUUUUCUUGGUUUACUGGUCAGUUGUCUGCGUUUAGUGCUUUGUGCUUCACUUGGGCUGGAGAUAUUGGCAAAUCUUAGCUAAACUACUGUUACAUCUUUCAUCAGUUUUGCUCUUGAUCAUCAUCUUUCUAUUUGAUUUGAGUGUACUAGUAUCUUAAAUGUCCAAACCACAUCUAGCAAUUUCUUGCAUGCCAUCUGGAUUUCUUGUAGAUAUAUUGAUCUUAUACUAUUAAUGUAGAGGACUUGCAUGCAUUUUCUUAGCCUGUGUCCUUGCAUUAGGCAUAAGCUUAUGUACAUUUGUAGUCCGGUGGGAGUCUGGGUAAAAGUUUAGUUUGGAAAUUUUCAUAUAUUUUCGGGUUCAGGUCUGAUUCUACAUGCUGAACAUAAGGGAUUUUUAAUUAGAUCCGGAAAUGCUUAUAUCCAUCCCCUCGAAAUGACUGAAUAGGUUCUUUUUUUUUAAUUAUUAAAAAAAAAAACCUGUGAAUAGAUGUUAAACUUAAUAAUCAUGAUGCAACAUUUAAAUUGUUAUUAAGAACAAUGGCGGAUAAUGAUGGGUUUGUACCUCAAUUGUCACUCAAAACCCACAAGCUUCUAUUGGCCAAUUGGCAACAUCUGUUCUUGACAUGGUAAUGUCUUGUAGGCUGGAUACAGGGUCUUGUUUAAUCUUCUCAAAAGGUUUGCCUUCUGUUAAUUGUGAUCUGAUUGUCCUGGUUGCAGAUACACAAGCCUACAACCAGAUUUGUCUUUAUGCCAAUGGGGAGUACAAACACUUGUUCAUCUGAGACUGUUAGUGAGCUGAGGUUCUCGUUGAUCUUUGUUUGACUUAAACAAAUGUAUUCAAAUUUCAGCUUGCAUCUCCUUUUGGAUAGUUUUUGGGGCCAGGAUAUUCCUGUUAAAUAUGCUGCAGUUAGGCUGAUAGUCAGUCACAAACCUUUUGGUUACUAGUUAGUCUGGAGUUCAUUUCAGCACCUUGAUGAUUGGGUUUUUCUGUAACUGAAUGUUACAUAAUCUGGUAACGCAAAUAGUUGAUUGCAAUGAUUAUCUGGUGUUCGUUUCAUUUGUAUUAUCAGCAGUCACGAUUCCUGAAGCACAUAUACAUAUGACUUCUGAGUUCCAGGUGUUGCAUAUGUAUAUAAAUGAGUACUGCUUAUCUUAGUCUGCGACUUGAGAAACUUUCUGAUUUAUAUUGUCAGUGUAACUUGGUGGUGCAUACUUUAUGCAGCAAUGACGAAUAGAUGCAUUCACCAUAGUGUUAGUCUCCAGAACCUUUUACACGCGGCAGAUACCUUUGAGAUUUGUGCUGAAAUUUGCUUUGAAGUUUGAACAAGGGAAUAAAAUCAGUGUUGUUUUAUGCAUCUUCUUUAUGAGAAAAAGGUGGGAAAAAGAAAGAGUUUUAAGGGAGAGAUGAUGAAAGUAAGUAUUUGGCGCGCGCCUAGUAUCAUAUCAGUUCCUGUUCUUUUCCACUUUUGAAGUGAUCAACUUUUAGUUAGGAGUAAACUGGCAGAAUAACCAAAAUUUAUUUGUAUAUUAAAAGAUAGUUUUUUUACAUAGUAACAGUGACUACUUUGGCAACUAAAUUAUAAGCACAUCCAUGAAAAAACAUAUAUUAAAUCAC